AUGCGCAACGACGCGGAGCGGCAAUUCGUGAGGCUCAUCUUCGAUGCAUCAGGAAAAUACGCCAGCUGGGACCCAGAAGUCCCUAUCGAGGUCGGUGACUAUGGCCGUAUUACAUCGGGCAAUAAAGGCUUUUGGUUUUGGCGUAGGCGUAAGGGGAUUUUUCUGAAGGAGGGAAACAUUUACAAGGACGGAAAGGCGAAGGAUUUCGAGAUUCCGUCACCGAACGAGCAUGGUGUUCAAGCAGAUGGGACAGGCGUGGCAUGGAUCGUCUCGCAGAACGCGGUGAAGAUUGAUUUUGAUGUUAACCUUUCGACAACAAUCCCAGCUUUUGCAGAGUGCGGAGUAAAAGCUGGAUUUCACUUCUUCUCCUCUCCCGGUGCGAUCCUCGCCAUGCAAAACGACACCAUCUCGACCAUUGACCCACCUGGAUCUCUUCGGGAACUGUCUAAACAUCCCACAAUGGCCAACCGUGUAAUCGUGUCGGAAGUUCACCGGUGUUCUUCCUACAUGCGCGCUCUCACCUCAUCCAAAGAUCGGGACAUAUUCUGUGGUCUAUCUGCACAACCUCCUGCCCCAGUUAAUGUAGGCGAGGUCGCCGUUGAGGGAAAAUGGGUGACCAGCUACUCUGCGGGGAACUUUCGGUCGAAAUUGGAUGCGAAUGGAGAGCGGAGCUUUUACCCCCUUUUUCGGUUGGUAUCGUUCAGAGGGACAGAUGUGACGACUGGUUUGAGAGGCGCAGAGGAGGAGGACCUGACACAAUCCCUGCCUGACGCUGUUCCACCAUGGGACAUCGUUGAUAAGCAACGAAUAUCGCGAUCUUCAUUUUGGCGAGGGCCUCGGUCCCGGACCACAACUCCUCGGCCUCCCACUGGACAACAAAGCCUUGAAGAAGAAGAUCCCGAUGAGCGAGAAAUAUGA